AUGGCCGCCGCGUCGGAAGAGAGCUCAUCUUCGAGUCAAGAAGCGAUGCUACCAACUCCAUCUUCUAGUCAAUCUUCGAUAAACCAACGCGAUAGGUCUAAAACUGUGGCCAUCGAGUAUGUUCAGAUGCAUGAAGAUCCAAAUCCACAUCUCGAAGUCAGGUGCAUUGUGCGCAAUGCUUUGACCGGUGAGGAUAUUCGUCACGCAGUCGCAGAAUUCUGGUUAGAGGGCAACGAUAUGCUUGAUGCCCCACGACGCGUAUUGAGGGUAAGACUUGUGGACGACAACACUGGCCAAACACUGAAGGAUGAGACCGACCAGGUCGAAGGGACAUCCCUCCGAUUUAGCUAUACUGCAGCAGUUGUAUCCGGUGUUGAUGAGAUUCCAGAGGAAUGGCCAGUCGAGGUCAAAGAUUCCGUUGCGUGUUUGGCGAUCUAUCGGAAGGACGGUUUGGCAACAAUCUCACCUGCGAAAUUGAUUGGAGGCUCUCCUCGGGCUGUGUUCAAAUAUCUCAAAAAUAACACCCCGGGUAACUUGUGGAAACCCUACAUGAACGAACGGCCUCAGGUGACUUGGGAAAACCUGGACAAGCUGUACAGCGAAGAAGGACCUCUGGCAAUCAGCUGCCCUGUACAACAAUGCGCUGCUCGCUGUCAUUUUUCCUCGCCUGAAGAAGCUCAGAGCAAGCUUGUUGUGGCUCGCUACAACGAUCAAAAGUGGGAAGAAAAAAUGUUUCUAGAGCUGUGCAAGGGCAAAUUUAACGCAGCAUUCUUCUUCUUGGGGCCGAGAACAGCAAUUGCAUGUCUUAGACGCAAAGAUCCCGGAGUCGCCAUCGAUCCGAAUGCCGUCUGGGACGAGCGAAUGAAUGUUGUUAUUAAAUUCGAGGUCGAGGUUGAGGAUAUUUGGGGCGACCCCGACGAUUCCGACGUGACGGACGAGACCGAAACCACGGUACGCCUCGUUGGUAAUGUUGUAUCCAACCAGACACCUGUCAAUUGCGAAAUCGUUGUGCUACUACAGUGGAUACCUUGGGAGCUAUACAAAUUCAUUCGGCCGUUGACAGAGCCCCCAAACUUCAUUGACCUAAGCGACGUACAGAUUGAGGUCAACGACCAACCCGCAAGGAACCAAGUAAAAUCACUAAACACAUUCUUCGAUCGGAAGGAAGGCAAAUUUGAGAAAUGGUGGCCUAUGCUAUUGGCACAAGGAGCAAGCAGGGCGCCGCGAGUGAAUUUUUUGAGCAAAAUAGGUUGGACGAAGCAGCAUUUCGAACUUGUCCAGGAUAAGAUCACAAAGAGAAUGCUUGCCGCUGGCAAGCCGCUCAAUCUGGAGCAGAGGAAUAUUCUUGCAGAUGCUCCGUACUCCAGAGCUGGUUUCAAGGUGAUUGUGGGUCCGCCUGGCUGCGACAAGACGACAUUGAUCGCAAUGCUUGCUGGUCUAUACGCUCAAGAUUCGAAGGUAGGCGUCCUGGUUGCAGCCUCGUCAAAUGGAAGCACCGAUCGAUUGUUCGAAACCGUGAAUGACUGGGAGCGGAACGACCCGAGGGCAGAUACAAGUCCUCUGCCUCUUCACGUUCAUAAGAAACAAGACGAGUUCAACUACUUCUGGAGCGUACUCAACCCUGCGGAGUCAACAGCCCGAAAACAGACUCAAGAUGAUCGAUCAUCGCUGAUACUAAAAGAAGCUGACGAUUCACCUCGACGCUUCUCCUACGAGCGGCAGCAAGACGCUGAGAAACGGAAGCAUCUGAGUGAUGUCAACAGUGGUGUAGGAGCCAUGGUUUUGAAGGCUGUACAGGAUGGUGAGCUUCCUGCAGUACGUGCUUCGGGCAAUCCUGCUAGCAAACGCAUGCAUGAUGCCCACCGUGCUCGAGCUGCUAGCAGUCUUUCUGUCUUAAUGCGCUACCGCAUCCAGCUUAAGAAUGACACCUCUAAACAUCUUCGGCCUGCUGACAAUUUUGCCAUCAGAAAAGCGUUCGAGGCCGUCGCUAGAUACAUGAUUGGUACCAAACGACUCAUCGUCUCCACCGUUGGAAAUGCUACAAGCACAAUUCUCAAGGACUGCAUAUUUCGAGAUGCAAAGCAUGUUGUCUUGAUCAUGGAUGAAGCUGGACUGGCCACAGAUGCCGAUCUAAUCCAUCUCAUAGUGUCAUUGAUCACCCCAGAACGUAUCGAGGCUGAGUUCGGUGGUGAGAAUCCUAUCCUGACGGUUGUGCUGGUUGGAGACGAACGACAAGGUUGUCCACUUAUAAAGAGUGAUAUUGCUAAGGCAAAUGUCUUCGGGCCCCAACUUUCCAUGUCACCGUUUUUGAGAUGCGCCUUGAGCGGCUUUCCUAUGGCCCAUCUCUGGGAACAACAUCGCAUGGUCCCCGUCAUUUGUAAGUUGCCAAGCACUCGUGGUUAUGAGGGCAAAUUGCGCACCUCAGAUGAAGCUAUGUGUCGUCGUAUGUCCAUUCCGCAGCGCACUAUCCUCAUGGACCUCCUAGAAUUUGAUUCCUUAAAACUCAAGUAUCCGCCGAACGAAGACCCCAUUAGAGCACAAGAUCAGCAUCUCCGUUAUUGGUUGCUCGAUGUUCGUCAUGGUUCCACACAGACUGAUAUAGCUAUGAACAAAUCGAAGUUCAAUGUUGCGAACGUUGACGUGACUAUGAAGUUUUUGAAGGCUUUGAUCCAGUCUGAAUUUCUGCCUCCCGAGAUUCGUAUAACUUUCUACCGCGCCCAAUGUCAGCGCUACAUCGCUGCAAUCGCCGCUCUGGAAGCAGAGCUCGGUAUGAGAGAAGGCCAGCUUCAUGGUCUUGUCCACACAAGCGACUCCUUCCAAGGUCAGGAAGCGACGUGCAUCAUACUGGACCUCGUAGUCACAAGAUACUAUGGUGAGAAUACCAUGGGGCACGCUGGUAACGAGAAGAAAGCAAAUGUCGCCUUCACAAGAGCAAGAGAUUUUCUGUUUGUGGUUGGCGACUCCACCAUCUUGGACUCUCCAUAUCUUGGCGACAAGCAUGGAAUGGUUGAAUUCAUUUUUGCAGUUAUGGUGGAUCUACUGACACGACAGGCUGUCAAGGUAUGCUACUCAGACAAGACACCAGAGCCUGAGCUUGUAGACCGUUUCAACAAACUGAGUACAGAAGACGAUGGGGCCAACUUUGUUGAGACGAAGGAGGUGGACUGA